AUGAGGAACGCUGAUGAUCGGCGCUCGCACUCCCCUGCGACGCGUCGGAAUGGCUCUCUCCAGUCGUGCGAGCCUUGUCGCCGGUCGAAACAGCGCUGUGACCAUGAGAGGCCCGUUUGCCGCCGAUGCGCCGGAAAACGCAUCAAUGACCAAUGCUUCUACCACCCAGCUCCAAUGACCAGGCGGAGGUCAGACCAUGCCAAUCCGCCGCUGGCAUCGUCGAGUCGACUGACCAGCCAGCCAACAUCCAAUGCGUCGAGUCCUGGCUCAUUAGGUGGUGCGCGUAGUAUCUUUGCGCCGCUGGACUCACGUUCUGCUUUACCGGGUUACCUAGGCUCCACAAGCUUUACUGCAGUCCUUGCUGAGCACCGAAAUGAGAUCCUCUUUGAACCCGAGGAAUCCACGGACGUCUGUCGAGUCUUGACAGUGGAGCCAGAUCGGGUCCAAUCAGGAGCGGAGGUUCUACUCUUCCUCUACAACAUGAAAGAACGCCAGAAACUAAUAGAUCGGUUUUACCUCCGAACGUGGAAUGCCGUUGUGCCGGAAAUAAUCAUGCGGGCCAUGUUGACUUCGCUUGGCGAACUCUUCGACAGUUAUAACCUUCAUAAUUUGAUGCCCGAGCUGCAGAAACUCGCGACUCAGAUAUUUCAGAAUUCGUCGCGUCCGAUGGCUAUUCGUGAGUCGAUGACUGUGCAGGAGUACUGUGAUUCAUUUACUGGGCGGAACUUUCGCUGGGAGGCUAUUGGGAAUAUCUUCUCAAUAUGCGGACAGCAACUGGCGAUCACUCCCGACAAUGAUCCUGACUUUUCGCAGGGACUAGAGGAUCCUCGAGCGAAAGAUCGACUUUUGGAACAGGUUGUGGUGGCAAGUAUGAUCUGUCUUAACUUUUGCGAUCAAGCCUCAUCGGCCAAUGAGCUGCUGGCCUAUUUGCAAUAUAACGAUGUCAUGCUACAGACUCAGCAGUACGGCGAUUCAAGCUACCAAGCAUGGCGCCGGCUGGGGGACUUGAUUGCCACAGUUUACGCUGCUGGCCUGCAUACGGAUGGCGAGGAUGCAGCCUGCCCAUUCUUUCUGCGCCAGUGGCGAAGAGGCUGCUUCAUUUCAGCCUUUUAUAUGGACAAGUCACAAGCAAGCUUUGUCGGUCGACCGCCUCUAAUGAAUUACCGAUAUUGCACAAUUGACCCUCCUCUGGACCUCAGUGACGAGGUCCUUGUGGAGGGAGGAGAAGCUCUGAACAAGGCAAUCUCAGAGCUCGACAGUCGAGGCUGGAACACCCAUGGAGGCCGAUACCGAAUGACUCCUUCUCGUUUACGGUUCCUACUUGGAAUCUACCGAGAGCAAACGUUAGAGCUUGCGCUUGGAAUUCACCAGCCACAGGACAUCAUACAGAGAACACAGGAAAUUAAGGAGAAGAUCCGCGAUGUAUGGGAGUCAACCCCAGACCAAAUCUGCUACGACCGUCGUAAGAACGAUGAUCUUCACGAUGGGUGGUUGACGAUCGUGUACAUGUACCUUAAUUACCUCUACACGUGCUUUUUACUCCAACGGACUUUGAUCAAACACACGAAUACCGGACAAGAAGCACUCUGCGAAAUUUCCCGCCAGACCCUAGGAAUUGUCAUUAGUAUCACCUCUAUCCGCAGUCCGAUGGUCGACCUCGAUAGGCAUUUUUCAUGGAUUGCCCUCACAUACGGCUUACCUACCGCCAGUGUUCUUUUACUGGAGCUGCUACGCCAAUCCCAUGAACCGGGUCCGCACAACGUCGAGCUUCCCCGGUCAGAGUUGAUUCGCAAUCUGAGCGUCUUCGUCUCAUUGCUAUCCUGGGUAUCGCGUCCGGGCCAUGGGAAUUAUCAUACAUGCAAAGAAGCCGAAAAGAAGCUCUCGCGGAUUCUAGACCAACUGCUUGAUCCGCAGCCUGUUCAUGCUGAAAUGGUGCAUGAUGUCACGUCGGGUCUGUCAAAUUUCCUGAAUUGGUCAAACUACAAUGGUUGGGACUUUAACUCCGAAUAUUUCCCGGCAGUAGAUGGGUAUGCGCCGUGA